AUGAAUAGAGUGGCCUUUGUUGCAGUAGCUUCAAUUUUAACCUAAAGAAAAGUUUAAUUAUAAAGUGCAGGAGAUUCAAGACAUAUUCAUUAUCAAUUGAAGAGUAGAGAAUAACAUUUAGCUGACGCACUAUCAAAGGAAUACGACGUCAUUAUAGUUGGUGGAGGAGCUACUGGAGCAGGUGUUUCACUCGCUUGUGCAAAUAGAGGAUUAAAAUCUAUAGUUUUAGAGUCAUAAGAUUAUGCAAGUGGUGCAUCUAGUAAAUCCACAAAAUUAGUUCAUGGAGGUGUAAGGUAUAUGUAAUAAGUAUUUCAACUGUCAGAAAAAAAUAGAAUGGAAAAAUGGUAAUUGGUGGCAGAAGCAUUAAAAGAGAGAUCUAAUUUUUUAUCAAUGUGUUCUUAUUUAACAUAAGAUUUCCCUACUUUAAUACCUUGUACAAAUUUAUUUGAUUUGGGAUAUUAUUAUUUUGGGUCUUUGAUAUAUCAUUGUGUUUACUUAUAUUAUUAAACAGGUGGACAUACUUUUAAACCUCCAAGAAUUGUUGGCAAAGAUGAAAUCUAAUAACAUUUUAAAUUUGCUAAAUGUAAUUAUGGUGUCAUUUAUUAUGAUGGAUAAUUUAAUGAUGCUAGAAUGGUUUAAGAAUUACUUGUUACAUCAAGUCUAAAAGGUAUAUUAAUAAAUUAUUUGAUAAGGAUAGAAUAUGGCAAAUUAUGUUGAAGUUAAAAGUUUAUUGAAAAAUUAAGAAAAUAAGAUUGUAGGAGUUUAAGCAUAUGAUAAAAUUGGAUAGAAACAAUUUCAAAUAAAAGGUAAAUGUGUUGUAAAUGCAACUGGUGGUUGGGCUGACAAUUUACGUUUGAUGGAUGAUCCUAAUGUUAGCAAGAGAAUAGUUUCAGUUGCAGGUAGUCAUUUAACAAUGCCUUAAAAAUAUGGAUCUAGUUAUUGGGGUUAUUUGAUACCAAAAACUAAUGAUGGUAGAGUUCUAUAUAUGGUACCUUGGUUAGGAAAUAUGAUAAUGGGAACUACAGAACGAAAAUUAGAUAAUACUAUAAAUGAUCCUACUGUAAGUAAUGAGGAAUAUAUGUGGUUAUUGAAAUCAUUUUGUGAUGAAUUUGCUAUUGAUGCUAAUGAAGUAGCAAAAGAUGUAAAAUCAAAAUGGUGUGGUGUAAGACCUUUAGUUUAUUAAAACAAUGCUCUUAGCACAAAAGAAGUUUCAAGAACUCAUGAAAUAGAAGUAUCAAAAAGUGGUUUAAUAUCAGUUAUGGGUGGUAAAUGGACAAUCUUUAGAUUGAUGGGUGAAUAAACAGUAGAUAAAGUUUAAGAAUUAAUUGGAAAUAAUUAUAAAAGGAUUGAGAAUCUACCAAAAUUAGUUGGUGAUUGGACAUAAUUUGAUAAUAAAAAAGAAAUCUAAGUAAUGAUGAAUAAGUUCGAUUUACCAUAAUCUUAUGCAGCCUAUUUCUUAACAACAUAUGGAGACAGAGCAUAUGAUGUAUUAAAGUUGGUUCAUGAAAAACCAGAAAAUAAGGAAUGUUUACAUCCACAAUUUCCCCAUACUAUUGGAGAAAUAUUGUACCAAAUUAGAUAUGAACAAGCUAGAAAGCCUGAAGAUAUUUUAUUUAGAAGAACAAGAUUAGGUUUCUUAGAUUAGAAUGCCAUUUUUAAUGUAUAUGAGAAAGUAUUCUAAAUUAUGGCUAAAGAAUUGAAAUGGCCUGAAAAAUUUUAAAAAGAAUUUUUAAAAGAAAAUUUUGAAUAUAUUAGAAAAUUAGAGUUUUGA